AUGAAUAGAUCUCAAGGAAUUAGAAAACCUCAGCACUCGACAUCAAGAUCUUCUGAUAGAAGACUCGCAAGUGGAUCCAAGGCUGCCAGUUAUCUUCACUCAACAAUCGAAACCUCAAACAUCAUCAAAAAUAAUGUUAAACCUGCAACAUCAACAACAACAAGUUCGUCAGAUUGGAAUCCAAAACAUUUCAGAUUGUUCGUAGGAAAUUUAGGAGAAGAUGCCAAUGAUGAUCUAUUACAUAAUGCAUUUGAGAAGUAUAAAUCUAUGAGUAAAGUACAUGUCCCAUUUGAUAAAAAAUCAAACAAGAAUAAAGGUUACGGUUUUGUUGCAUUUGCAAAUGCUGACGAUUAUUUACAAGCAUUCAAAGAAAUGAAUGGGAAGUAUAUCGGACAACAUCCUGUUCAAUUAAAGCGAGCAGAAUCAUCCGUAACCAAUUCUAACAAGAAUAAGAAGAAUAAGAACAGGAAUAACAACAACAGAAGAUGA